AAGUUCCUAUGUAUCUACUGCACACUCCUUCGUUCAGCGCGAGGAGGUUACUCAAUGCUCUUCGAGAGCAUAAAAAUUUAAUUAAUGAGACCUUUCAAGUCCGCGGGGCCGUUUUGUAAACUCUUUAUUUUAUAAGUUCCGACGAACGGCCGCCCAUUCAUUUGGGACUCGGUGCUGCUUUCGAUUCGAAGAUGGAGGAGGAAGACGCUAAGAAAGAGAUCGUGAAAAUAGCUAUUCCUCAAGUUAAGGAAGAAGGCAGCGACAGAGAUGAUUGCUAUGAAAUCGAUCCAAUCGAUUUCACCAGAAAGCUUGCAAUCAGAUCUUACGACGACGAUUGCUAUGAAAUCGAUGCAAUCGAUUUCACCAGAAAGCUUGUAAUCAGUACUUCCGACGACGACGGCGUCGCCAUUGUUUCCGAGAAGGGGCAUGUGGCUCUCAGGGAUUUUCCACAUCCAAGACAUCUCUGCGGCAACUUUCCUUUUAGCAGAACUAGACAUGAAACCUAUUGCAUGCUUUUGUUAUGUAUGCGAGGUGGCUGCUCCUUGCUCGGAGUGGUGGGGACAAAAAGGUCACUGCAAUGCCUACCGGAAGGAAUCAGACAGCAGGCCUCCGGUAUCUUGUCUCUUGUGAAGAAAUGGUGCAAACUUAUGUUCAUAGUUCCCUUUCCUUGAGAAAUUUGUUAUUUAGGUUAGUAUGCUUAUGAUGCGAACUAUAUUUGUCUGCAAAAUCAAAUCUUGUUUAGGGUAAAUAUGAAAUUAAAGAAACAUGUGAAGGUCCAUGGUUGAUGAUUCUAUCUUGUUAAUGAGUUUUCAGAGUUAUGGAGAAUAUGAUUGUUAGUAGUCACCCAUGAAGAGUGUGAUUGAGGCGUAGGGUACUUCAUUACGGAGAGACACGAAGUUUGUGAGGCAAACUGCAGGUCGGGGUGACUUCGGGAUUGCCUAAAUC